CAUCGCCAGUUCUUGACAAUAGGACCGGUCGUGCGGGGCGCGACGGGCGGGGCAGGCCGGGACGGGUGCGCCGCUCCACUCUGCAGGGUUUGUGCGAUUCACACCGUACGCGACCCACUCAGUACGACAGUUGUUCGCUGCCUGCGCGGCGCGCGCGCCUCAUCCUGUUUCCGACUCGACAACAUUCCUUAACUUAUAAUAUAUCUAGUCAAAAUGAAGUUUAGUGUUUUCUGUGAUACUAACUGGAAGUGUUUGUGCGAUAAACGAAAAAGUGGAUUAGCUCUAUAACGACACGUUACGGUUCAAAGAACAAUGCUGUGGGAAAAAAUAACGUUCAGCUGGCAUCGGCAGUCGUUCCCAGCUACCUACCGAACGUCUCUCCCCCCGCGGGCCGGGUGCCGGGUUCAAUGCGCCUCUCUGCGUUUAUUCAUCGCUUGUGGGAAAAGUUGACCCCCGUUUGAAAAAAUAUUGUUAACGAAUUCACACGAUUCCUGUUCUAUUGAUGCGUGUCUAAGAUGAAUGGGUCAUCAGAUCGAGUGUGCCUGGAUCAUUAUGAGAUCACUUCCUAGACACCUGCAACUGAGUACUUCUAUCCUAAAGUGAUAAUUUAAUUUCUGUUUACUUGCAGAGGUGUCUUUAACAACGAACUAAGUCCAACAACUUUUUAUACGCAAGCCGUCAAGGUUGCACCAUUCCUCAGUUCGAGGUGUUUGUUUUGAGCUUUGCUGUGUUUGUCGAGUUUCGAGUUCGUCGAAAUUGUUAUCUUGUUAUGCCACGGAUUGCGUACCUGUACCUAUAUCAGAACCAGAAGUGAUUUACUUCAUUAUUAGAUAACUUGUUUUUGGUGAACACGGAGAUGAAAUGUGUCGGAUUUGCCGUUAAAAUUUAAAUUGCAUUAACUAGAUUCCGGAGGCCAUGGAUAUAGUGCGGCUCGUGAACAGUGCAAAAACAUCGCAUAGGUGUAGUGCCGCUAAGUGAAUUAGUGGAUAUGUGCUAGUGCUGUGCAGUGUCUAGUGUACCUAUUUGGAUUUCGCUGUAUUGUCUUCAAAAUGGGGAACCAAGGCUCGUCAGCUCACGAGCCUUUCGACCGAGCUCAAACGCAGAACGCCACCGACUUGAAAAUGAAAUCGUCAGUGCGCAGUUCAUUGCGGCGGGCGCGCGCCGGCGGCGCCCUCUCGCCGCCCCGAGCCGGCAUGGAGCGCCUGCGCCGGUCCUUCCGGGAGUCCUUCCGGCGGCGCAAGGGCUCGCCGCCCGAGUCGGCGCGCCCGCACCAAUGGCACGCCGACGAGGCCGCAGUGCGCGCCGGCACCUGCACCUUCCCCGUCAAGUACCUGGGCUGCGUCGAGGUCUUCGAGUCAAGGGGGAUGCAGGUCUGCGAGGAGGCGCUUAAGGUCUUACGGAAUUCUCGACGGCGGCCCGUGCGGGCGGUGUUGCACGUGAGCGGCGACGGGCUGCGCGUGGUCGACGAGGAGACCAAGGGGCUGAUGGUAGACCAGACCAUCGAGAAGGUCUCCUUCUGCGCGCCCGAUAGGAACCACGAGAGGGGAUUCAGCUACAUCUGCCGCGACGGCACGACGCGCCGCUGGAUGUGCCACGGGUUCCUCGCGUCGCGCGACUCGGGCGAGCGGCUGUCGCACGCGGUGGGCUGCGCGUUCGCGGCCUGCCUCGAGCGCAAGCAGCGCCGCGACAAGGAGUGCGCCGUGUCCAUGAGCAUCGACGCGGCCAGCCACGCCUUCACCAGGCAGGGCUCCUUUAGGAAAUCUACGAUGACGUCUCGGCGUGCGUCGGAGGCGGACGCGCCGCCGGUGCCGGCGCUGCCGGCGAGCGCGGUGCCGCAGUCGGCGCCGCCGGCGCAGGCCGCGCCGCGCCCCACGCCGCACAACCCGUUCGCCGUCGAGCGUCCGCACGCCGCGCCGCACCUUCUGGAGCGGCAGGGCUCGUUUAGAGGCUUCGCGCAUCUUAAUAACAGUUCCCCAUUCAAGCGUCAGAUGUCGCUCCGCAUCAGCGAGUUGCCGUCCAACCUGGAGCGCACCCGCGCCGGCCUGGGCUCGCCGCCGCGCGCCGCGCCCGCCGCCGCCGUCACGCCCGCGCCCGCGCACGCCGCCAGCCCUGCGCCGGACACCAUGUUUGCGCAGACGGGCGGGGCGGAGGGGGCGGACGGGGAGGACUCGGACCCGGUGCUGGCGAUGUGCCAGCAGCUGUCGCUGGGGCUGCGCGCGCUGGCGGAGGAGCCGGUGGCGGUGGCGGUGGCGCUGCCGGCAGGCGCGCCGGCGCCGGACGCGUGGCUGGGCCGCGUGGCGCGCGCGCGCCCGCCGCCGCUGGCCGCCGCCGCGCGCGCCCUCACCUACGCGGGCGCCAGCACCAACCCCUUCCUGGCGCCCCAGCCCACGCCCGCCCCUAUGUAAACAAUAAACAUGCGACGAGUGCGCCGCAUACUUCUUCCAGACGUGUUGAGCGUUCGCCCGCGAGUUGCCGCUCGCGGGCGUUCGAAGCUUUAUUUACGAUGUGGUCGGUCGGGAAUUUUGCAGUUCUCGGGGUAGGCUCACGCGCGUCUCUGGGUGAGGCUGAAGAGACGACUGACGACGUCAUCCGUCUAAAAUUAUUUCAAAUCGAGUACUAGUAACGAUUAGCUCGUCCUUCUUGCUUUAACGUUUUACAACCGUCGUAGAUCAAACGUGUGAAUUAUUUUAAAGCUGUACGCACAAUAGCUACAUAGUCCGAAACAUUGUAGUGAAAAUGGCAAAAAAAAAGAUAAUAUUUGUAUGUACAAAUCGGUUGUGUACAGGAGUUUUCCUACAUUUUACUUGAAUAGGGCAUUUGAAUGAUUUUGAAAUAUGUUGUCGAAAUGAAUUUUGAUGACAUAACGCAAGUUAUUAAUUAUUAAAUAACACACAAUUGCAUAAUGGUUAGACUAAUUUCACAUGAUGUUUGUGUACUAGUUAUUAUACAAACUUUAUUAUUACCAAGACGAAAAUUGAUAGCGCACGCCAGAAAAUAAAUGAAUGAGUAUACAUGUUUGGGACUUACGGCGAAUUUGUUAACAUUGAGGUGUGAAGUGCUCAAUUCAAGCUAUUUAUCGGGUGUUUUAAAAUCUAUUAGGACUAUUAUUAUUGACUGAAUGAGACGCUGAAUGUGAACGCAAACGAAUACACUACACGCUCCAAUUAAAAACGCUUUGUAAGAACGGAUUGUUGUAUGUUGGUGCUGAUUGUCUUAUAAUAGAUGUUUUAAUGUCACCGAAACUUUUAAAAAUCUGUGCACGCCUAGUGUCAGCUUAAUAACGAAAAUGCAAUCGGUGUCUAUCUUAAAAUAUUGGAUAUUGUAUUAGUAGAAUAAAUAAUUGUUAAUUGUGACUCGCCUGGCUUAGCCAGGCCAGACUUCACUUGCAAGAGUGAUAUUUUUGUUUUAUAAAAAUAUACACCAUCUAGACGAUGCUGUGUUGCGACUUGUGAUGGGAACUACAAUCGCAUUGGCAAAUUGUCUGAAUAAUUAUAUUGUCCCAGUAAACGGUUAUAAAUUAAUCAUUAUUAAGCGACAGUAGCGCCUGAAUAAGACUCGAGUGAAUCAGUCUCACUUGAGCUUUUGCUGACUAGAUCAGCUAUUAUUCUAGAAUAUUCUAGAUAAUCGUAUUACUCUGUACGCAUUGAGCUAUCAUUAUCAGGUGACAGAGUAAACCGGGAGGGGAUUGUAACUUAGAUAAAUGUUGUACUUAAUUUUUCUGUCUAUAGCAUACCGCACUGUGCUUUUGCGCCGCACACUCUUUGAUAAUUAUAUGUAGUAGGUAUACGUAAGGUAGAACUAGUUCACGUAUAUUCGUCCAUGGACAGUAUUAUCAAGUCGAGAGCGUUGUUCCCACAAUGCGAAACAAAAAUAACGAACAAUGCAGUAUUUAACUUAAUAGGUAAAUACAUAUUACUACGUAGGGUUUGGAUAUAUUUUUCCACUUAUUUUGUAAAUAAUUGUAAAUUUGUAGACCUUUACGUUUGUGAAUAUAUUUUUGAAUGAAUCAAUAUAGACAGUUUGAGCAGCCUGUAAGGGUUGCCGUUACUGUGCGUAAAGUUGUGCUUCAAUAAUUACUUCGAAAUACUUAAAGAUUUUGUGUACUUACGUGUUAUGUCUUGAGUUAUGUUUAAUGUUAUUUUGUUACUUUUUUAUUUUAUUUUUUGUACUUUUCUGAAUUAAUCAUUAUUUUACUAGCAAUCAUUUAACUAGGAAAUCAUAUCAUUAGAUAAAUCAUAUCGCCACGUUUCAUAACGUAAAUAUACAUUGUUUUAUUGCGGUUCAAUCUAACAACAAAUUCAAAUGUAGGGGUGAUAAGUAUGAAACAGAUAAAUUAAAAAUUCUUUGUCAACGAUAACAUAUACAUUUCUACUAAAAAAUAAAUAAAGGGAAGUCCAAUUUGUUAAUCUAUUGGCAGUUAUGGCUAAUAUAGGAUAAUAGUUGUGGUCAUUGAUUGUACCUGUAAAAGUGCGCAUACAUUCCAGACUUUUUUGAGACGUAGGUACGCCUUUGCUAACUAAAUAGCUUUAUGUAGAGGCACUACAGGCAUAUCACUAAUUAGCACUGCAUAUUUUUUUCUUGUGUUAUUCUACACCUUUUUGUAAUAUUUUUUACUUAAUUGACUAAACCUUAGUACUUAAAAUAUGUGUAAUAUGACAAGAACAUACUCAAUAGUUUUCAUAGAAAAAAUUGCCAAUCACAGAUCUAUGGAUUCUAUCAUACGUACCAUUGUCUGAUUAUCAGAAAAUAGUUGUUAUGUACAUAAUAUUGUGAUAUGUAAUUUAUAUAAGUUAUCAUACGUAAUAGGUACAUGUACUCGAGAUCAACGGCACCGUAUUUUGUAAACGUGUAACCGCACGCUGUUGCAUAACAUUAAGUACAUGCAUUGUUAUAGCCACUGGUAGCCAUAGCUUGAAACAAAUUACAUAUAUUCUGUGAAUCGUAUUUUCAUGUACUUAUACAGAUGUGUAACUCUUUAAAAAAUUGUACUUAAAACGUUGUUCGAAAUUUGUUGGAGGUUUUGUAUAUUCUACAGUGACUUUAUCUUUGUCAAAAGCAUCUAAAUAUCAGCACACAAUGUAGAUAUUUUAGAUACAUAAUGAGAGUUCAAAUAUUAUGAAGAAUAAAUAUUAUGUUUAGUUGA